UGUGGGCGUGGCUGUAGAGUGACUCACUUGUUGCUUCACUGGAUUAGGUGGAACUUUUCCAGCGAGCGAAACAUUAACGGACAUUUGACGCCUUUAAACUUCUCGCUAGACGGGACAGCACGCGCGUCCUGCUGACUUUUCAGUCCCAACUGAAACGAGUUGGGUUUUCACAGAAAUGUCUCUGGCAGAGCAAAGCCAGCAGUGGUUUCCCACCAGCGUCCAGGUAACGGUGCACCAGGCGAGGGGUUUGCGGAGCAAGGGGAAGAAUGGCACCAACGACGCGUACGCCAUCAUGCAGGUGGCCAAGGAUAAGUUCUCCACCUCGGUGGCGGAGAAGAGCGUCGCGCCGGUGUGGAAAGAGGAGGCCGCGUUCGACCUGCCGCUCUUUCACCCCGGUAACGCGGAGCGCUGCACCCUACAGGUGUGUGUGAUGCACCGGGCUCUGAUGGGACCCGACAAAAUGCUCGGACAGGCGACCAUCAACCUCCUGGAACUCCAAGACAAUAAAUCCCGUAAUAAAACUGAAUGGUUCAAAUUGAUGGGCAAGACGGGGAAGGCUGAUAAAGACAGGGGUGAGGUGCUUCUAGACAUUCAGUUCAUGAAGAACAACAUGACGGCCAGCAUGUACGACCUCUCUGGGCAGGACAAGUCACGCUCACGGCUUGGGAAGAUCAAGGAUAAGCUGAAAGGGAAAAAGAAAGAUGGGAUGUCGGAUUCUGCUUCUGCCAUUGUGCCUUCAGUCAGCCACGUACUGACUGACAGUGAGGGAGAAGAAGAACCCGAUGCCACACCUGGAGCCAAAAAGAAGAAUAAACUCAAAUCCCUCUUCGCACCCAAGCCGGGUUUGCACCGUAACAUGUCCCAGUCCAUGUCCACACUCGCCACCCUGCCUGAAAAAGACUCGGCCAUCAGUCUGAGCAGAUCGUCUGGCCUAAAUAUAGAGUCUCCUGAAGGCAAAAAGAAGUUCAAAUUUCUGAAGCACAAGCGAACCGGAAGCUCUGACAGCAAGGUUUCCCAGGGUACUGGGUCUCUUGGACUGGGCAUGGUGCAGAGCAACACGUGCAUCAACGGCAGUCACGUCUACACAGAAGAGUCAGACACCAGAGGAUCCAGGGCCGGUUCCACCUUCAGCCUGAACAGCUCCGGCCACGGAUCCAUGGAGGAUCUGCGCAGAGGUCAUCACAGGAAAACCUCCAGCACCUCAGUGGACUCCUCGGACCAAACUCAAGAGAAUGCAGUGGAAGAGAUGCGCAGAAGUCAAGAGGAACAGAAGAAACAGGAGGAGAAAAGAAGACAGGCUGAAGAGGACGAGAGGAAACAGAUUGAGAGAGAAGAGGAGAGGAAACGGUUGGAAAGAGAGGAAGAGAAGAGAAAGAUACAGAAACUGGAAGAGGAGAGGAAAAAGAUUGAGAGAGAGGAGGAAAGAAAGUGGAUGGAGAGAGAGGAAGAGAAAAGGAAGCUAGAGAAACAGGAAGAAGAUAAACGGAGGAGAAUUGAGAAAGAGGAGAGAACGAGACUUGAGAAUGAAAAGUUGCAGAAAGAAAAAGAGAUAAGAAAGUUGGAGAUGGACAGAAGACGUGCUGAAGAGGAGAGACUACUGAAGGAAAAAGAAAAGAUGGGAGCAGAGGAGAAGAGGAAGCUGAAAGAGAAAGCAGACCAGGAGAGAAUCAGGAAAGAGAAAGAAGAAAUAGAAAGACAGAAGAAAGAGAAACAGCAGCCCGAGGCGAAACCCAGGAGUACUCGACUGAAUAUGAGUAAAAAUGCAUCUGAUGAGAUUAACUCAGACCGCAUCCCAUUCACCAAUCCCAUUGAAGACCCCCUCUUAUUCGACGAGAGCUCCUCCAAUCCCUUCGAGCAACCCACCAUUUCUCAACCUGAAGCCCUCAGUCGGUCCACCAAAGUCUCUGCAGUCAAGCCAAGGCCCCAUGCAGUGAAACCCCUGAGCACCACUGACAAGCAGCCAGACCUCAGAGAGACCCAAGACGCUUCCAGAUCUGCUAAAAUUACAGAUGACCUGCAAGUUAAGAUGAAGGCCCCAGAGGCUAAAGGGACGGGACCUUACUCCCAGCUAACCCAUGAAGAACUCAUUAACUUGUUAGAAAAGCAGAAGCAGCAGCUUUCUCAGAAGGAUGCUAAGAUUGGGGAACUGGAGCAGUAUAUAGACAAUCUUCUUGUCCGUGUCAUGGAGGAUAGCCCCAACAUCUUAAUGUCCUUGAGCUUGAUGAAGAAGUCAGUUUGAGCACUUUUGUAACAGGGUUUUGUAUUUAAUGUGCACUGUAAUCACAUAUAUGGGGUGAACGUCAGUGCAUGGUUGUGGGUAAAUCACAGAGAUUUCGACUAAAUCCAGUAGCUGUAACUGCAGACACUAGUGAGCCGAAGAUCAGGGUGCACACUUGACAUCUCUGGCUGAAUGGUGACGAAAUGAAUGUUUGUUAUUUGGCUUGCUUCAGAUCCACCUAACUAUGUGGCUGGUUUAUUCUUGUACAUGUUAAAAUAAAUCAUAUGUUAAGUAUUUUCUCCAAGUAUUUUACUUCCAUUUGAAUUGCUAAUAUUCUUUGAUUAGUAUUAUAUAAAUUAUAAAUACCAGCUAUCAAAGCGUUCAAUGGAUGCAACCCAUAUGUUUAAGUAAACAAAAUAGCGCUACAUAUAUUCUAGAAAAAUGUUUUAUAUAAAAAAAUUUACAAAGCUAUAUAUUUUGUAGACAGAUCUCUGUAUUGAUACUUUGUUUUCUUUUCAAUGAAGCACUUUAAAAGAAUCAGUUCAUCUGUAAAUAAUGAACGUGAUCAUUUGUACUUUAUGCCUUUUGUCACGUAAGCUGACAGCUUUAUUAUUCUCUGCUUUUGAAAUAAAGAAUGUCCCAGGCGUGGCUUUGUAAAGGGCUGCAUCACA